AUGUUUCUAUAUUUAAGUUUCUUGCUUAGUUUUAGUUUAGUCCUCGCAAAACAUGAAAUGUAUGAUGGACACUCACUCUUCGAAAUCAAAAUACAAGAUGUUAAUCAAAUAGAAUUAGUCAGAAAUUUGGAAGUCCCCUUACAAAUAGAUAUAUGGACAUACUCACAAAUGGACAAAAAGGCUGUAAUACUGGUACCGAAGAAGAAUUUGGAACAAUUCCAGGACGUACUUAAUAGAAAUGAUAUACAAUAUAAUGUGGAUGUGGAUAAUAUUAAAAGGUUAAUGGAUGAAGAAGACAGAUUGAUGGAUGAAGCGAAAAAAGGAAGCGAAAGAUCUGGAACAGCAAGAAUUGGAUUUGAUAGAAUUUACAAUCUUACGGAGGUUUAUACUUAUCUCGAAGAAGUAGCAUCAUCGUAUCCAGAUUUAGUAACUUUGGUCAACGCAGGAAAAUCAUUCGAAGGUAGAGAUAUAAAGUACCUUAAAAUAUCCACUACGAACUUUGAGGAUACCAGCAAACCUAUAGUGUUUGUUGAAUCACUGCUUCAUGCUCGCGAAUGGGUCACCUUACCACCGACGUUGUAUGCAAUCGACAAACUGGUAACUGGCAAUCUGACAGAGAGAAGUGUCUUGGACAAAAUCGAUUGGAUCAUCCUGCCCAUUGCCAAUCCUGAUGGAUAUGAAUUCACCCAUGUUCAGAAUCGUUUUUGGCGCAAAAACCGCGCCACAGGUUACAUGAUUAACGACAUUUGUGUCGGAGUCGACUUGAACAGAAACUUUGACGCCAAUUGGGGCGCCUUCUCGAGCAGCAAUGUUUGCUCGGAGAUCUUCCACGGGCGGUACGCCUUCUCUGAGCCCGAGUCCAAAGUCGUAAGGGAUAUAUUGAGAACAUAUGGGAAUCGUACCAAGAUGUUCAUGGAUAUUCAUAGCGCAGGUAGUAUGAUAUUGUACGGUUGGGGCAAUGGAGUGCUGGUGCCUAACGCGUUGUCCGUCCACACAGCAGGCAUUCAGAUGGCUGUAGCGAUCAAUGCCGUCAAGACGUCCUGGAACCCAAACUACAUCGUCGGUAACUCAGCGUUAGUGCUUUACCAAGCGUCUGGUCUCGCCAUGGACUACGCCACAGUGGCUGACGUCCCCUACUCCUUCGUCUACGAGCUGCCACAGCACAGGAAUUCCGCGGGGAUCACUAUAUUCCUGGUAGACCCUGCGUUGGUGCAACAAUUCGCCAUGGAGACCUGGGAGGGAAUACUAGCGGGCGCUAAGUUUGUACGCGACAUUUACACAUAA